GGCUUCGAUAAAACUCCAUUUUGUUAAGGCCAUGAUGUUUCACUUACAAGGCCCACAAAUGCUGCAGAUGCUAGAGAAAUCCUUGAGGAAGAGCCUCCCGGAGUCCUUAAAGGUUUAUGCUACUGUCUUCCAUAUGAACCAGGGAAACCCAUUCAAGUUAAAGGCCGUGGUGGACAAGUGGCCUGAUUUUACAACAGUGGUGAUCUGCCCUCAGGAGCAGGAAAUGACAGAUGAUUUUGAUUACUACACCAACACCUACCAAAUCUAUUAUAAGAAUCCCACAAACUGUCAAGAGUUCCUUGGCGCAUCAGAUGUCAUCAAUUGGAAGCAACAUUUUCUGAUCCAAAGUUCACAGUCCAGCCUGAAGAAUGUGAUACAGAAUCUUGCAGCUGCUAAAUUGGUCAAGGUCAAGCAAGAUCAAAGAAUUAUGUAUAUGAUGCCUGAGACAGCAAGUAAACUGAUCCCUUCCCUGCUGGAGGCAAAGAACUUAUCUCUUAAAUCUGGCAGACCCAAGGCCAUUAACCAAGAGAUGUUUAAACUCUCCUCCCUGGAUGUGACCCACGCUGCCUUGGUGAAUAAAUUCUGGCAUUUUGGCGGCAAUGAGAGGAGCCAGAGAUUCAUCGAGCGCUGUAUCUGGACCUUCCCGACCUUCUGCCUGCUGGGGCCUGAGGGGACCCCUGUGUCCUGGAGCCUGAUGGAUCAGACAGGAGAGAUACGGAUGGGGGGUACUGUGCCCGAGUACCGGGCCCAGGGUCUCUCUUCUCACUUCAUGAGUGUCCACAGCCAUGCUAUGGACAAACUUGGAUACCCUGCUUAUUACCAUACAGACAUAACCAACAAAAGUGUACAGAAAAUGAGUCACCGUCUGCAACAUGUCAUCAUGCCUUGUGACUGGAACCAGUGGCACUGUGAGCCCCUGUGAAGCAGUCCUGAACACAGGACAGCGUUGCAUGGGCUGAUAUAGCAUGAGGAGUGUACGGGUGGGUGGAGAGAAAUAAUAAGCUCUAAUUAGCAUUAAA